AGGGAACUAAGCGAUUACUUCAAGAGCCACGGGUUAAGUGCAGGGAGAGGGGGAGAGAGAGGGAAAAAAUCCAAUCCAAAUUCAAAUUGCUUCAUUAGAGAGACACCGCUUUUGUGGGGAAGGGCUUUAAAUGCCCACUACAAAGUUAGGACUCAUUGUUCGGCGCCGGUUUAUAUAACAGGCGCGGGGAGGCGCUGGGCUCAGGCUGCACCGAGCCAGUUCUGCAGCCGCCGCCGCCUGCAUUCCCUCCCCCCUCCCCCAGGUGAUGGCCCAGCCAGGGUCCGGCUGCAAAGCGACCACCCGCUGUCUUGAAGGGACCGCGCCGCCUGCCAUGGCUCAGUCAGACGCCGAGGCUCUGGCAGGCUCUCUGGACAAGGAAGAGGGUCGGGCCUCCCCGUGUACGCCUAGCACCCCGUCUGUCUGCUCGCCGCCCUCUGCCGCCUCCUCCGUGCCGUCCGCGGGCAAGAACAUCUGCUCCAGCUGCGGCCUGGAGAUCCUGGACCGGUAUCUGCUCAAGGUCAACAACCUCAUCUGGCACGUGCGGUGCCUCGAGUGCUCCGUUUGUCGCACGUCGCUGAGGCAGCAGAACAGCUGCUACAUCAAGAACAAGGAAAUUUUCUGCAAGAUGGACUACUUCAGCCGAUUUGGGACCAAGUGCGCCCGGUGCGGCCGACAGAUCUACGCCAGCGACUGGGUGCGCAGGGCGCGCGGCAACGCCUACCACCUGGCCUGCUUCGCCUGCUUCUCCUGCAAGCGCCAGCUCUCCACCGGCGAGGAGUUCGGCCUGGUUGAGGAAAAGGUGCUGUGCCGCAUCCACUACGACACCAUGAUCGAGAACCUCAAGAGAGCCGCCGAGAAUGGGAACGGCCUCACGUUGGAGGGGGCAGUGCCCUCGGAACAGGACAGUCAGCCCAAGCCGGCCAAGCGCGCGCGGACGUCCUUCACCGCGGAGCAGCUGCAGGUUAUGCAGGCACAGUUCGCGCAGGACAACAACCCGGACGCGCAGACGCUGCAGAAGCUGGCGGACAUGACAGGCCUCAGCCGGAGGGUCAUCCAGGUGUGGUUUCAAAACUGCCGGGCGCGUCAUAAAAAGCACACACCGCAACACCCAGUGCCGCCCUCUGGGGCGCCCCCGUCCCGCCUUCCCUCCGCCCUGUCCGACGACAUCCACUACUCCCCGUUCAGCAGCCCCGAGCGGGCGCGCAUGGUCACCCUGCACGGCUACAUUGAGAGUCAGGUACAGUGCGGGCAGGUGCACUGUCGGCUGCCUUACACCGCGCCUCCCGUCCACCUCAAAGCUGAUAUGGAUGGGCCGCUCUCCAGCCGGGGUGAGAAGGUCAUCCUUUUUCAGUACUAACGCUGUCGGCACUUCCGCAUCUGUCCAUGGGCACCCCACAGCUGCCCCUCAGCCGCUGAGAUCCAGUGUCCAAACUGUGGCCAGGGAUCCACCGCCUCCGCAUCCACCCCCACCCGCCAUUCUGCCCGCUGCCAGCUGGCCCCCAGGCCUGGCCUUCCCUCUCCUGCUGAGAACCAGAACUGGCCAGGAGCAUCACAGAGUCCUCCUCUUGGAAGGCAGAGCUCCCUGAAAUUUGGAAUCAGGGUGAAAACAACAGCCUGUUUUUCCCAUUUAAACAGGAGUCAUCUUCAACUUCAGCUGAUUACAAUAGCAAAAGACAAAUUGAAUCAUGCGACACCAACAGCCUCCUAAUUUACAGGUUUUCUUCCCCGCCCUCCCACCCCCAUUGGCCUUUAUUUACUACUUCCUUGGAACCAUCUCUGAAUUCCGAAUAGCCGACAACCCCCAAUGUCAUCCACUCUGUUGCUUUUGUCUGGAAAACUCUACAGUGUUUGUGGGAUGUCCCCAAAGGAAAGCUAUGUUCUAAUUUUAUCAUUUCCAUCUGUCUGGUUAUGUCAAGUUAAUUCAGAAAGAGAAGAGACACUGACCAACCCUGAGAGGCCCAGUAGGGCAGAGAUGGAGGCCUGCCCAGACCAAGAGGCAGAGGGACAGGCGGGGGAUGGGGGACAAAGGCCCCCAUUGGUUGGAGAUCGAGGAGAGGGAUGUGGCACAUGUGGCACUCUGCACUGGGAGAGGCACUAACCAUUUCAAGGAGGGGAAAGCGAACACUUGGGACGGAGGGGAAACCCUACCCCCACCUGACUAUCUAACGUAAGUGCAGGAGACAUAGCAAAGAUAGUAUUUGAUCUGUGUGAUGGUGCUGCUGAGUGGGCAGGCUAGAGCUGGGGAUGCUUUUUGGCUGCUGGUUCACUACUGAUAGGGGUGCCUGGGCUAGGGGACCACUCUUGGGGGCCAAGGAACAGAGCCCAGUUAAAUGACAGCCAGAAUGUAAACUUUGAUCCAUCUCUGAGUAGAGAGGUGCCCACUGCCUAGGUGAGUGUGCCAAGCUAGUACCUCUGGGCUUCCCUGCCAACCCUGCCCAGAGCCAGCCCCACCUGCUCCUGAGAACAAGGCUAGACACAGCUGUGGUCUCAUCCACCCCAUCCUGCUGCAACUCUUCCACCUUAAACCAAGGGCUUGGGCAAACAGGACCAUGAUAUUUAUGUUUUCAGGGGAUGCCCAUUUGCCCCAAGCUUAUUCUAUAAUUCUAGAACUACUUGGAGACCUAGUGCAUUUCCAACUAGAGGCUGCUAGUAAGCAUGCUUUAGCCCCAGUCCUCCUGCCUGCUUUUGGAAGGAGACUGCAGGACAGGGAAAGCAAGUUUAUAGUUAUACACAGCUGUGGUCCCUGUCUUCACCCAUAGCAGACAUCAUUAAUCGAUUGCAGCACUCUCUCUGAGUCUGGAUAAGGUUUCCGGAUUCAUAUGCUUGAAGUUGGCACUUAAUGAGAACUUACAUGCCAUUUUCUCUGGAGGAGGCCUAGGCAUGGGUGAGGCCCAAGAGGGAACCUGCAUUCUGUCCCUUCCAAAGAUGUUACAGCUAACUAAGGUCAAAGAGAAAGCACCACUCAGAAUGUGGUUCAGAAGUCAUCCAGUGAAAACUUGUGCUGCCUCUGUCUGGGCACUGAACUAACAGGAGUGACCUGGGCCUGAUCCCUGGCCUUGGGGAGCUCAGAUCUUUCCUUUGAUUUUUGCUCCUAAUGAUCAAAGCCCCAAUCACAACCAUGUGGUAAGCGGCCAACUGAGCCUUGCCCAGGGUCACCCAGGAUCCUCUCUGUCUUGAGUCUCUCCCCAGGGUCUGUUCCUUGCGUGGACUACAUGACAGUAGCAUGUUGCAGUUCAAACGUCUCCACUACCCUGUUAAGAGCAGCCUGGAAACACACAGGCGGACAAGACUAUUUAUUUAAAUACAAAACAAAAGGGGAAAUACACACAUGGAAUAAAAAUUGUAAGCACUUUUUUUGUAAAACCAAUGUCUGUUUUGUUACAUAUCUUUCAUGUUGUGCUUUGUAAAUGUCUUAUUUGUGUAAUAAAUAAAGUUAACGCAAGUAGAAGUGCUGGCACUUAAAUCCAGAA